AUGUGCUUGGACCUCCCAAGCUCUCUGAUCCAGGCACACAGCAAGGAGGGCAGCGGCCAGCACGGCAGAGGGCCCCGAGGGAGUGGAGCACUGACGCUCCGGGUGCUGGUGGCGGCAGAUGGGGUGGAGCGGAAAGGCGGCCCUGAGGGCGCUGUGCCCAGGACGCGGCUCGCCCUCUCAGCUCACUUCCCUGCCUCUCCGGCCUCCCCCAAGCAGGGCCAGGCUGCCUCGUGUGGGCCUGCGGCCCUUCCUGCCUCGGCCGGUCCAGCGGGGAAGACACAGAGGGGGUGCGUCCCGCCCAGUGUAAACUGUGCCCCUGAAAGACUGACUGCAAAGGUUAAAAACAGAUGCCAUGCUGUGCUGGGGCCGGGCGAGGGUGCACAGGACGGACGACUGUGCCAGGUGGGAGAUGCCCGGCCCCUCGCCCACUGCUGGGCUCCACUCUGGCUCCACAGUCUGCAGCCCCAGCUCCGGAGCCCCGAGUGCCACCCCUGCAGUGCCCACAGGGAUGAGCUCGCCAGGCCCUGGGAGACUGUGGCAGGCAGGCCCCUGGCCCCUCCCACGCUGCACCUGACCCCUCCCUUCCACUGCGCAACCCCAGGCUUCCAGGUGCGACUCGAGGGCUCCAGCUCGCCAUGCCAGGGCCGGCUGCAGGUCUACACCCAGGACUCCUGGAGCUCGGUGUGCGCAGACAGCUGGGGCCUGGCCGGCAGCUCCCCGCCGGACCCCAGGCAGGCCUCCCAGCUCUGCCAGCGGCUGCGCUGUGGGGACAUCUGCAGACUUGGCAUCAUCCCUGCCUUCAAUGCACCCCAGCCCCGGCUCCGUGAGCUCACCUGCCAAGGACCCCCGGGGUCCUUCUCCAACUGCAGCAGCAGCCGCACACGGAGCUUGUGCCAGACACUGGGCCUGGUCUGCCUAGAGCCCCAGAGGACAACACUGCCACCCACGAGCCCCCCAGCCUCCACCACGCCGGAGCCCACAGCUCCGCCCAGGCUGCAGCUGGUGGCCCAGCCCGGGGGCCUGCAGUGCGCCGGUGCCGUCGAGUUCUACAGCGGCCGCUGGGGUGGCACUGUCGGCUACAAGGCCCGGGACGACAAGGCCAGGGGCCUGGGCACCCUCAUCUGCAGUGUCCUAGGGUGUGGCUCCUUCCUCAAGUGGCUGCCGGAGGCCGAGGCCCCGGAGCCUCAGUGGACAGUGCGGAACGCAAGCUGCCAGGCCCUGCCCCAGUGCUUCCAGAGGGCACCGCCUGGGGCGGCCAGCCCUGCCCUGGGCCUCGUCUGCUCCGGUUUCCAGCCUAAGGUGCAGAGCCGCCUGGUGGGGGGCGGCAGCGUGUGCCAGGGCACCGUGGAGGUGCGCCAGGGCGGCCCAGGGGUGGCGUGGGCAGCCCUGUGCCACAGUGCCGUGGCCCGGAGCUCGGCGCGGUGGGAUGAGGUGUGCCAGGAGCAGCAGUGCGGCAGGGCCGCCGCCGUCCACGUGCUGGACGCGGGCGAGGGGACAGGCGGGCUCCUGUGUCGGGAGGAGGAGCAGCUGUCCCGCUGCCACGCGCUGCAGGAGAAGAGGAGCCUGUGCCACGGGGUACACGUCAGCUGCCAGGACCCCAAGCCCCCAGGCCCAGCCGCAGGCACCGUGGGGAGCAUCGUCCUGGCCCUGCUGCUCUCGGCUGUGCUGCUGGCCGUGUGCGGCCCCCUGGCCUACAGGAAACUGCUGAAGAAAGUCCGCCAGAAGAAGCAGCGGCAGUGGAUCGGCCCAACGGGGAUGAGCCAGACCAUGUCUUUCCACCGCAACCCCACGGGCACCGUGCGGGCCCAGCCCGAGAACCGCCCCGAGUCACACGCGGACAACGAGUACAGCCAGCCGCCUCGGAACUCACGCCUGUCUGCCUACCCCGCUCUGGAAGGGGCCCUGCGGCUCUCGGCCGCCCAGCCGGACAACUCAUCUGACAGCGACUACGACCUGCACACUGCCCAGAGGCUGUGAGGGUGAGCCUGCCCCAUGUGGCUCCUCGCCUGGCCCUGCCUUCCCUGCGUGACAGGGCGGGCACCUUGCUCCUGCGGAGGGAAAGAGUAAGUGCCAGUGAUUUAGUGACAGACCCCACCGGACACCUCGAGGCAGAGCCACUGGUCCCAAAACCUUCCCGGAAAGCUACUGGGAAAGACCCCUUAGGGCGUGGGGUGCGCCUCAGGCUGGGGUCCACACCUAGCAGCCAGGGGUCCCGGCUCCCAUCCCCAGCGCAGCAUCAGAAGAAAAAGCAAAGAGAAAUGUGUAAGCGGCGGGAAGCACAGCCCGCAUGGCAGGAGACCCAAGCAGAGGCCACGUAACAGGCCCGCGGCGGCAACUGUGGGACAGGGUUCAGGCUGUGAGGGACAGGGUGGGGACAUGUCCUCUGCGGGAAGGUCAACAGCAGCAAGAGCAAAAGGAGCCAGGAUGCUGGAACACUCGGGAAGGGAGCCACAGGCAAGGGCGAGGCCCAGGGUCCAGGCCCCUUCUGCCCACAGCCCGCACGGUAGCUGGACAGGGAGCACCCAAGGCCACCGGAGCUGGCACUGAACCUCUCCCCCAUCGGUGGAAGAAAAACCUGACCUUCAUCUGUGGAAACACUUCUGAAAAGACAACUCAGAAAACAAGAU